UUUAGUGGUAAACUACUUGCGGUGUUGCUUGAAAGAUUGUUACAGAUCCAAAGCCCCACCCACCCUGCCCGAUGCAGUAGGCGGCGCGUUCGUGAUCAUCCUGUGCGACGGCCGAUGCAUUUAUGCCCUAUUUGUGGAGUUCAACGACUAGGAAGGAGAAUGAUUACAAACAUGUUGAGACGCAAACCAAUCUCUCUCUCUCUCUCUAUAUAUAUAUAUAUAUAUAUGUGUGUGUGUGUGUGUGUGUACACAUCGCCCGAUGGUAAACUAUCUUCCUUUGUUACAUCACUCUUACAGGGUGUUUGUUGCAUUGAUGAAUUCGACAAAAUGGACAUUCGCGACCAGGUGGCCAUUCAUGAAGCUAUGGAACAGCAAACCAUCAGCAUUACAAAGGCCGGUGUGAAGGCAACCUUAAACGCCCGGACAUCGAUCUUGGCUGCCGCAAAUCCAAUCAGCGGUCGAUACGAUCGUUCCCGGUCUUUACGUCAGAACAUUGGUCUUUCGGCGCCCAUCAUGUCUCGCUUUGAUCUGUUUUUCGUGCUGAUUGACGAAUGCAAUGACAUUGUGGACUACGCCAUUGCCCGUUCCAUCGUAGACCUGCAUAUGGGUCUUCAGGGUCCUGAGGAUACACAAAUGGUUUACUCAGCCGAUGAUAUACGUCGCUACAUAGCGUUCGCUCGUUGUUUUAAACCAAAGAUCAGCAUGGAAGCCAUGCAAACGAUGGUAGAAGAGUACAAACGGAUGCGCCAGCGUGACGCAUCAAGUGGUGCAAAGUCAGCUUGGCGAAUCACUGUGCGACAACUAGAAAGUUUAAUUCGGUUGUCUGAGGCCACAGCACGCCUCCAUUGCGCAGAUACGGUCACGCAAGCCCAUGUUCACGAAGCCUUCUUGUUACUGAAUAAAUCUAUUAUCCGGGUCGAGCAGCCCGAUAUCAACCUAGAAGAAGAACAACAAUAUACUAACCUGGCCCAAGAUCCUACGGAGCAGGUGGAAGGUUCAGAACCAUCCAACGCGCCUGGGGAAACUGUCGGUCAUUUAAGAGUUACGUACGAGGAGUAUCGUCGCAUUGCCAGUUUGUUAAUCAUGCGAGUUCGACAGUGGAAUCAAACGGGUACUGCUCCCAAACGGAGCGAGCUUGUCAACUGGUAUUUGGAAGAAGUGGCUGAUGAAUUCCAAACCGAGGCACAACUGGCGGAAUGUAAAUUAUUGGUUGAACGCAUUGUAGACAGAUUAGUUAAAAAAGUAAGUCCAGACAGUUAA